AAUUGAAAAUACAUUUUAUAAUUCACAUACAUAUAUAUUUUUUAAUGCAGUUGUGGUAUAUGCUUUCGAAGACUUUAGCUGAGGAAGCAGCGUGGAAAUUUGCGAAAGAGAAGGGAAUUGAUAUGGUUGUGAUAAAUCCGACAGUGGUUAUCGGUUCCAUGUUGCAGCCUACGGUUAAUUUAACUUGUGGUCUAAUUUUGGACCUUAUGAAUGGUCUAGAAUCUUAUAGAGAUCUUGUUGGAUGGAUUAAUGUUAAAGACGUAGCAGAUGCUCAUAUUCAAGCAUUUGAGAUUCCUUCCGCGAAUGGAAGGUAUUGUCUUUCUGAGAGGGAACUACGAUUAUCAGAUGUGGCAAAUGUACUUAUUCAACUAUAUCCCUCUAUCGCUCACCGACUUCCUCUAAAGUAA